AUGCCGCUGUAUUAUGUAGCUCUACAGUUGCUAGUAUGGAAGAUGUCUUACGCUACAGAUGCAGGUGACCCUGACGAUAAAGAUAAUUGUGCAGCUACAAAUGAGAAUCUAGAAUGGAAAUCAAGGAAAUGCAAAAACCAGGAUGUUCUGUGUCAGCUGAAACUAGUCUUGUGGAAAUGUCCUAGAGGUUGGGUUCGAAACAAAAGUAGACGAGAAUGCUAUUUUUACGAUGACAAUGGAGCUCCAAAGACACAGGCUGAUGCUGUAGCUCACUGUUACGACGUUAAUGGAGAAAUAUUGAUGCCCAAAACAAAAGUGGAAAAUGCCUUCCUAGUAUCCAGCAUUGUAUUAAAUUUUGAGGCAUGGAUUGGCCUUACAGACUCUGUCUAUGAGACCUUCUGGCAGUGGAAUGAUGGGCACAUUAUGGCAGAAAACUUCUGGUCAACAGGACAACCUGACAACAUUAGAGAUUCCUCAUUCACUGGUCAGGACUGUGCGGUCAUCACAGCCAAUAACUUAAGUGGUUACUGGAAAGACGAGGAAUGUCAGGACAGGAAACGCGUCAUAUGUCAAUGUACUCUCCCGACACCUAGUAAGUGA